CACGUAUAUAUGUAGACAGUGAACACGUGAGAGAUACGAUACACUUCUAGCUUGAUGACGUUGCCUUUGUUCUUCGAAAAGCUCCUGAUUAGGACGCCUGGUCUGCUAGCUGUAGUGCUGACGGAUCGGGAUGGCGUCAUACUCGAACAAGUCAGGACUGGUUUGCCCGAUACAGCGUUGACACCGGGCAUGCUAUCUGCUCUUUCGAUCACCUCUGAGCAGGCAGGAAAAUUGGGUUGCGGUCGAAAUAAACGGGCCGCCGCGUUAUAUAGCGAUUUUCAGGUAGUUCAUUUCAAUCUGCUGCCGCUGAUUGUCUCGUUGUUUGCGACAUCCGAUGCAAAUACUGGUGUUCUUCUAGAUCUUGAGGAUGAGAUCAAGGCGGUGGUAUCGCAGUUUGAAUCGGUAACCAAUCUGCAGGGUUGAGAGUACAUUCGUAUCCACGGCUCGUGAGGGAGACUACUCUGGCAAAGGGUAUAUUAUAGAAAUGUAUAAGCAAGGAUUUUUCACGCCCGUACUAGCAUCAAAUGUCCAUCCGUUUUUAACCUGCAUAGCCUUUACACUGGACGCAUAUGUCACGCUGAAUCAAGCGGCUGAGAUGGCGAAUCGAGUCUGAAUGGUUGGGGUUCUAUUUCAAGAUCGCACUGUCUGUAUUAUGACAGUUGUUUUCCUCAGUCUCAUCAGGUGAGCGUGAAAAGCGAUGUCCAAAAAGGAAUGAUCACGAGGAAGCAUGGUAUCGCAGAGCCUCGGAUCAUAUCAUGUAAGCUUUGAUUCGAAAGUCGGUCAAUAUAUAAACAUCCCCUACAGGACAACCUUCUAUUUACUUUGAUUUAUUGCUUAUGCUUUGUACGAUAGACUCUGUACGAUCGAGGUCAUAUUAUGUCUUGGACCUUUGACUCUGUGCGUGGUGUAAAUCUGCGUUGAACAUCGUAUACGAAUCCACAACGCUGUAUCGGAAGCUAUGGCUGCAUCGGGAUAUAACGAGCAGCCACACAAAUCAUAUCAUCACGAUGAAUCGAAAAGCGCUAUGUGCUGUCACACGUGCGUCCUGCGCAUUGACAUGGGCAACCUGGCUGUCAUCGUUCCAAGAUUUUGCGGAGAUGACUGGAUUCCGAAUACCCUAGCAUGUUGAUUACAUCAUGAUCUUGAUACAAUUUUGUCUGAAACUUUGUAAAGUUAGGACUUUGUUUCUGGCGUAAACGCUCUCUCGUCACAGUUCUUCGAUAUUGCUGUGGUGUGAGAAAUCGCUUUCAUUCAUUGAAUCACUUCUAGGAGGAAAGGCAUCCUCAAUCUCUUGAAGCACCCAAAAAAUUGCUAUGUACAACAUUAGCGGUCAUAUUUCCAGUAUCCAAAUAGAAGCAUACCGGUAUAUAUGCUGUUAUUUCCUAUGAUCCGCAUAGGCAUCUCUGACAACGUGUGAUACUCUAUCAGACAAUAUAUUCUCGUGUUUGAUCCGCGAUGCGCAACUCCUCGCCCAAUCUAGCCCGAUUUAUAGAUUUCGUUAAGUUGCGAUACAACAGCUUCUCCAUGACUAUUACCUCUACCGUAUCGGAUUUUGUACUUAAUCCUGACAGCUUCCUCGCCCAUGCCAGUGAGUUAUUAACCGACCCUUUUACCUGUGCCAGCAUAAGGGUCGAGUGUAAUUGAGCCUCACUCAUACCCAGAGUGUAUACGUCGCCUACUUUUACGACGACGUGGCUGCUGGUUAUGCCUGCUCGCACAGCAGCCGAAUCCGGGGCAACGUAUGUGACUUGGUCAUUAAUGCACUCAAUACCAAGUGCACCCAAGGUGCGUGUCUUAUUCUUCUUCCAGUUUGCAGUGUCCACAUGGCAUUUAGUUAAUUCGGGUUCUCUCACCACAGUUAAUGUGCACGACAGACUUUUAUACAUCUCCGAUACGAUACCAUUCAUCCCUUCCGUAAAUUCUGUAACCGCCUUACCAUUCACGAACAGUAUCUCAUCUCCAAAUCGAAUCCCCUGCACGCCAUCCACAGUAGUGGACCAUGCAGGGGUAGACUCGUAGGAUAAUAAACAAAACGCUCUCUUUUCGAGCAUGAUCAUCACCAUUCCAUAUCUCUCGGUAUCAUCUUUGCGCCUCAAAUUAACUAAUACAGGAGUGUGUUUACGGUCAUGCACUUUCUUCUCUCUUGCGAAACUUUGCACAGAUAGUUUCUUCAGCGAAUCUCGGGUGGCCGGAACUGUUUUCGGUGUCCUGAAUACCGAUUCGACUGGUAGCAUCUUAAUACCUACUAAGUUAUCGAAACUAGACUCAGAAUAAGUAAAGAAUGAUUCUUCUGUAGGAGACUGCAUUGCUUGUGGGGGAUUGUUUUGGGCUUUCCUAACUUUCAGCAUCGUUUGCUAUGUUUUUUAUCUCGACUAAAUGAAACCACUAAGG